AUGUCCAACUUCGUCACCCCCGGCCAGCAGCGCUACCUGCGCGCCUGCAUGGUCUGCUCCAUUGUUAUGACAUACAGCCGCUUCCGCGACGAAGGAUGCCCCAACUGCGAAGAGUUUCUGCACCUCAUCGGCUCGCAGGACCAGAUCGAGAGCUGCACCUCCCAGGUCUUCGAGGGCCUCAUCUCGCUCGCCAACCCGGCCAAGUCGUGGGUGGCCAAAUGGCAGCGCCUCGACGGCUACGUGCCGGGUCUCUACGCGAUCAAGGUCUCUGGCCAGCUGCCCGACGAGAUCCGGUCCUCGCUAGAGGAUGAAUACCGGAUACAGUAUAUCCCGAGAGAUGGCACGCAGACCGAGACGGAUGCCUAA